UGGGAACCACAACAAGGCCAGUCGCGCAUGCGCAGCCAGGUAGACGCCAUAAGUUGAGGCUGUUUGAAAUUUGAGCUGUGCUGCAAUUUAAAAUCUUCUGAAACCUUCAUGUAACAAUAAAAAACCAGUUCGUUUUGCUCAGAGCGGUCGCCAUGGACAGCAGUAUUGAUGGUGCAGAGGAGGAAGAAAAGGAGAGAUCCACACCUCCAGCUGGACUGCAGUCUCCUAAUUUGGAUCGUAACCCGUCACCACCCCCAGACCAAGCUGAUGGACAGGAGGGAGAAGAUCUGGAUGCCAUCGGAGACACUCUUUACAGCAAGAACUGGGUUUUCAGCACGCUGACUCGACUCAUUCAGAUGGUUACAGAGUAUUCAGAAGAGAACUCAGAAGUUCAGAUGCAGCUCUCUGAUGAUGAUGAGGAAGAUCUGUGCAGGGUCUGGGACAUGGCCAUGGAUGAGGACGUCGCAGGUUUUCUGCAAGAAUUCAAAGCUGCUGAUAUCCUUCUUGGGGUCAUAGCCAAAUCUCGGUGCCCACGUCUUACAGAAAUCUGUGUAGGAAUCCUUGGAAAUAUUGCCUGUUUUCCUGACACAUGUGCGACUCUCAGCCAAAACGAGGACUUGGGUGCUGUGCUGUUGCUUCUUCUGGGAGAUUCAGACCCUCCAACCCUUCUAGAAACCACCAGACUGCUGCUGACCUGUUUGUCUCAUAAAGACAUCUGUUUCCCAUGGCUUGAGCGAAUACGACAGCACACAUCUGUGUGCUCCAGCGUUUCUUUCAUCAUGAGCAGUUCUACUAACACGGAUCUGCUGGAGAAGGUGGGAGAGCUGGUUGACAAACUGUUUGACCUUGAUGAAGAAUUAAUGAAGAACUGGCUCACCUCUCAACCGAAUGAGAAGGAGAGAGAUGGUGAAAUCCAUCUGGAUUUGAGCUUGAGUCUCAUUGAGGCAGCAAAGCAGCUCAGAUCUGAGAGUGUAGAUGGUCUAGAGGUUUAUCUUCACAUCCUCCAACUUCUCACCACCGUAGAGGAAGGUAUUCAGGUUUUUGCGGCUCCCGAUGGACCAGGCAGAACUGUGUGGGACUUUGUCAGUGACGUUCUGAGCAAGGACCUCUGCCAACCAGAUGAUCUUCCGGUCGUCCUGCAUGAGCACAAAAACCUCUUAAUUCAGGCGUUGUCUGUGCUGCAGGCUCUUUAUAGAUGCCAGGAUCGGUGGUGCAGCAGAAACGACACAAGUCUAUUUCUUAUUGGGUCAGUCUUUCGGGUGUGCCAACAUAUUAGUGAGUUCAAACAUAAAGCUCACGAAAAAGAAAAGGCCAAUGAUGAACAGCUGCAGACUCUUGCAGAGAUCACCUCUGAGUUUCUAGCCGACCUCUGCAAUAAUAUUCAGAAGGACACGGUUGCAGAUUUGAUAAAGAACGAUUACCUGACACAGACAACCUGUCAAGCAGCUGCAGCCUGUUUGCUUCCCAGUUUUAAGACUUCUUUCCAGCACCUGCAGGCUGCAUUGUCAGAGACUGAUCCCCUACUGGCAGAUGUGAUGAGGACACAGUUUCCUACCUGAGGCUCCCUGCUGACCAGCUUAUUAUAACAGCCAGUAUUUCCUCUCCAAAUAUUUGCAUUUCCAUGGCAAAGAAAUGGUCAUUAAUGUUAAACUUUAUCAUUUCUUUUGAUAAUUUUACAUAUUAUUUGCUUAUCUUGGCGAGAUUUAAGCUGCGUUCAUGUCUACAGUUUUUAAUUAAUGACAGAAAGCUGUUUAUGAUUGACUGUUUUUUAUUAAAAUUAUAUGUGCUCAAA